UUUUUGCAUCUUGACGAAUCUCGCCAUCACCUGGAUAAGUUAGCAUUAAAAAAGAGGUGUUCAAACCAAACCAAACCAAACCAAACCAAACCAAACCCGGAUGUUCAAUCAUCUGGCUUCUGGCGUCCCCCGUUGCCAGGGUAACCGGAAGCGCGCCCUAAGCUCCGCCCAGUAAACCACAGAGAACCGGAAGAAGCUUGAGCAGAAGGGCCGGAAGGGAAAGCGACUGCGGGUCCGUGUGGCUGGUUCUGAAAUGACGACCUUAGUGCUGGAUAACGGAGCCUACAACGCUAAAAUCGGUUACAGCCACGAAAAUGUCUCGGUUAUUCCUAAUUGUCAAUUCAGGUCAAAAACAGCACGUCUUAAAACAUUUACUGCUAACCAGAUUGAUGAAAUAAAAGACCCUUCAGGACUCUUUUACAUCCUUCCUUUUCAAAAGGGCUACUUGGUGAAUUGGGACGUUCAACGACAAGUUUGGGAUUACCUUUUUGGAAAAGAAAUGUAUCAGGUUGAUUUUUUAGAUACUAAUAUUAUUAUCACAGAACCGUAUUUUAACUUCACUUCAAUUCAAGAAUCAAUGAAUGAAAUUCUAUUUGAAGAAUACCAGUUUCAAGCCGUAUUGAGAGUAAAUGCUGGGGCACUCAGUGCACAUAGGUAUUUCCGAGAUAAUCCUUCUGAACUGUGCUGUAUUAUUGUAGACAGUGGAUAUUCUUUUACACAUAUAGUUCCUUAUUGUAGAAGUAAAAAGAAAAAAGAAGCAAUUAUUCGGAUAAAUGUGGGAGGGAAGCUCCUGACCAAUCAUCUGAAGGAGAUCAUCUCUUACAGGUUAAAAGGAGAAGACAAUACAGUUAUGGUAGACUAUGUUUUACCUGACUUCAGUACAAUUAAAAAGGGCUUUUGCAAGCCAAGGGAAGAGAUGGUCUUGAGUGGAAAAUACAAGUCUGGGGAACAAAUUCUGCGCUUGGCCAAUGAGAGAUUCGCUGUUCCGGAAAUUCUCUUCAAUCCUUCUGACAUAGGCAUUCAGGAGAUGGGGAUUCCAGAAGCCAUUGUCUACUCCAUUCAAAACCUACCUGAAGAAAUGCAGCCACAUUUUUUUAAGAACAUCGUUUUGACUGGCGGAAACUCCCUUUUCCCAGGAUUUAGAGAUCGGGUCUACUCUGAAGUUCGAUGUCUGACUCCAACAGAUUAUGACGUUUCUGUUGUGCUGCCAGAGAAGUAA